CUCUUCCGGUCUCUUUGGCCUCGCCGGUAGAAGCAAGAUGACGAAGGGAACGUCAUCCUUUGGUAAGCGUCGCAACAAGACGCACACGCUGUGCCGCCGCUGUGGCUCCAAGGCCUACCACCUUCAGAAGUCGACUUGUGGCAAGUGUGGCUACCCUGCCAAGCGCAAGAGGAAGUAUAACUGGAGUGCCAAGGCUAAGAGACGAAACACUACCGGGACUGGUCGGAUGAGGCACCUAAAGAUUGUCUACCGCAGAUUCAGACAUGGAUUCCGUGAGGGAACAACGCCGAAACCCAAGAGGGCAGCUGUCGCAGCAUCCAGUUCUUCUUAAGGAUUUCAAUCAGUCAUAAAAUAAAUGUUCUGCUUUCAAAAAUUCUGUGGUGAUCUAAGGUACUUUAACAUCGGUUCAGAGUUCGGUUAUAUGAUUGCUCUGGGAUCCUACGCUUCUUCCUUCAUAGUUCCUGUGGGUCCGAAGCUGGGAGGGGCUGGGUGGACUCUCGGGAAAGAUACUCUGAGCCUGUCUCGGUCCCCAUCGUGUUUGCUUGGCCCUGGGCAUGGAAGUGGGUGAGUGAUGAGCUGAACGAGCAGGCUUGCUAGAGAUGAGGACAGUUACUGGUGUGGUUAUAUCACUACCAUGCCUACAGUGUCUUAAGACGCUUACAGUCUGUAAGGGACUUAAAUGAUUUGAGCUCUUACUUAUCCUGUAGUUUCUGAUUUUUAACAUUUACUUGAAUAAAGCCAAGCAAGAUAAGCCUUUAUUCCCAGCACUUGGUGACAGGUGGAUCUAUGAGUUGGGGAUCAGAGCUACACAUUAAAACUCUUAAUUCAUCUUACUAGAA